GCAGUAGUUGAGCUGCUAAAAAUUGUCAUUAUCACCUGCCUAUAUAGCGACCACGAUCGACGGACGAUCCCCGGAAUCCUGCACGCAUCGUCAACCGCGAUCGUUCACCAUGACCUGCUCGCAUCCUCCAGGGUCUGUGAAAGCACAUCGUACGCCUCAAACGUCCCCGGAUGACUCGCGAGGAUAUCAUCGAUGCCUUCAUCGUUGGCAAGGAUCGCGUCUUUGCCGGAGGAGAGGGCAUCCCACCUCCAUCUUGUGUCGCAGUCGAUGCUGGCUUUUAUGAACUGGUUGACUCGGUGGUCUCGGAGGUUUUGGCGGUGUUCGAUAUAGCUGGCGUCGUACGAACUGGCGUCAAGGUGGAUUUGACCUACAACGUGGAGUAAAGGGCAUUGUAGUUGAUCCCUGUGUUAAGAUCGAUUGGCAUCGCCGCCAUCGGAUACUCGCUGAUACCGCCCCAAAGC